GUCCUGUCGUCGCCCGACGGCGGCCAUGGCGUCGCGCUUGAGGCGGAGGCGUUCGAACCGGUGUGGAGGAUCGCCGACACCAUGCGCAGCGCGUUCGCGCGCCUGCGGGAGGACCUGCGGGCCGCUGCGUCCGCCGCCGGGGGCCCCGCGGCCGCGGCGAGGCUGCCGCGGUUGCGCGUGCGGCAGCUGGCCCUGGGGAGCAGCCCUGGUAGCCAGGAGCUGAGCGUGCCGAGGCAGUCGGCGGCGGAGACCAGCGCGUACGAGGCCGGCGUCGGGGGGGGCAACGCUCGGAGGGGGCCAUCGGCUCUCGGGGAUGGCGUCCCCCUUGCGCCUCGCCUCCCUGAUGCGCACGUGUGGAGGCGCAGCACGUGCCGUGGUCAAGACGUCCGCGUGGACGUGCAGAGGCAGAGAAAGGUACCCAUACUUGUACUCUCUUGCCCGUCUUCCUUUUUGUGGGGGGGCCUCGUGGGAGGCCCUCGUCGCCACUCCGCUGGAUUCGCCCCGAGGUUCUGGUCGGAACGCACUUCGGGAGAGGUCCGGGGAGUGGCGGUAUGA